CAAACAAUCUGUCAACUCGCGACGACAUAUCAGUUCUUAUAAGAAUUUCGUGAACUCCUGUGAAUAAAUCGUAUCAAAUCAAUUGAAAAAUUGCAAAAUACAAGUUAUCAAAGGCAAAAAAGCAAACAAAAAUGUUACAAUAAUGAUUUCCAAUGAAGCUGUGCUUUAAAUAUUACCCCAAAAAGGGUGUAAAACAUGUUUUGCCCCAUAUAUUUUAAUUGUAUGUGAUGUAUUUCGUUGCCUGCUACGAAACGACGAAGAAAAAAGGCAAUUAACAAUUCAAGUGUCAUUUAUAAUCGCUUGCUGUGUGUCUGUGUUUCAAUAUUUUUUCUUGUGUGGGUCUGAUUGACAUUUAUUUUUUUAUAUUUGGUUGUCUUAAUAAAAUACAAGAUAAAUAAAGGAAGUGUAAAGGUAAAAAAAAAUUACCAUCUUUGUGAACUGCUCAAUUGAUAUUCAGCACCUUUUGUAAGCGGAUAUUAUGGAAACAGAACAAAAUGGCAACAACCAACAAACGCAGCAACAUAAUCCAACCUCCACAACAGCACCACAUAAUGUGGAGCAACCAAGCAGUGGUGGGCAUCAUCAAUUGGUACCUCACCAGCACCAUGGCAUGAAUGAACUUGCAUUGGAAGUGCAACAGCAUGUGAAUGAAGAAGUGGUCCCGGCAAAUUAUGAAACGGUCUAUGUUAUAGAGGAUGUUGGCUCCGAUGUGGCAGUAAGUCGAUCACAUUACCUACCAUCGACAUCAGAUUAUGGAGCAUCAGUGGAUGGUGGAACUGGCAAUAAUACAACCUCCUCGGCUGCGGUAACAACAUCGUCGGCGGAAUCCCAACAGCAGCAGCAGCAGCAGCAUUUAUUAACACCAAAUCGUCCUUUGUACUAUCCAAGGCAACAUUAUCACCAUCAUCACCACCACCAUCAUCAUCAUCCACACCAGCAUCUGCAUCAACCGUAUCAGCAAAUACAGCGUCAACAUUAUACGUCGCCUGGUGGUUAUAUGGCGGAAUCUGAUUUGGAGGGAUCGUCAGCGGAUCGCACCACAGCUGGAAGUAUAGGCUAUCAUCAUAUCCAGCAUCCUCACAACAAUCAUAUACAACAGCCGCCUCCAUCCCAGCAGCAGCAGCAGCAGGCGAAUGCUGUUUGUCGCCCACAUUAUCACCAUCAUCGUCUCCAGCAGCAGCAGCCGGCCUCUACAGUACCCCAUCACGGCGCCAGUACUUCAACAGUGGCAAGGGUUUGCGAAUCAUCAGAAUAUGACAGCAAUGGCGGCGAUAUUCCACAUUCGCAGCAUCAGUACAGCGAUGAAUAUCAUCCAGAUGGUGCCCGCGGUGGUGGCUACUACUAUGCCUACCUGCCUACCCAAAAUCAUCCGCAUCAUGCUCAGCAUUGUCACCACCACCAUUCUCAACAAUCUCAAUCGUGCCACUGUGCGGCAACGAGUAGUAACACAAGUUCCCCACCACAACCACCGCCACCCCACAGUCUACCCAACUCGGCCAGCCAAUGUGACAGCCACACUCAAAAUGGCAUCACCCGUAACCUGCCAACUGCUGCCUCGGAAGUUAUUGUUCCAUACCAUGCAAGGGAUAAUCCUGAAGUGGAAGCGCGGGGAGGAACCGCAAGCUCAGCAAAUAUCAUUUUCAACAGUCAUGCCACAACAACGGCAAAUGGCAACGAAAGGGAUAGACCAAGGAGGAGAUUUUACGAAGACACACCCUAUGUUUUAGUACCUUCGUCGUCAUCUAGGAAUGAGGAUGAGGUUGCCUCGACCACAUCCACUUCCAUGAAUACCACCUUGCCACCGGAUGAAUUGGAGUCAUGUCGUGGCACACCCUACUCAAUAUCUAUGCCUCAGCCGCCGCCCAACGAUGAGGUUUCAUCGGCAUCGUCAGAGACGGAACAUGUGCAAUUUGCCCAUACGCGGACCACAAAUACCACAACAACAACAUCAGCAGCAGCCAAUAAAAAACAUAAGUCCACCACCACCAAUGUUGUGGGUUCAUCGCCCACAUCAACCUCAUCAACGGGUGGGGGGAGUUCCGGCAACCAUCGCUCGUCUAGUACAGCAAACAAUGAAGCCACUGCCAGUGGCAGGGAACGCUUUACCAUUGAUCUGGUUGAAUCAACAUCAUCCUCAUCCAACAACAACAACAGCAGCAGCAAUUCUCAGAGGCAAUUGAGUGAUGAUCAACCCUCAACAUCGGCGGGUACCCGGAGGGGUGAAAGGGCCUCCUUCGAAUAUUGGCAAUACCAGGAUGAGAGCUCGGACCAAACAUCCUCACAGGCGUGGAAUUUACAUAAACCCUCCUCCUCAUCGUCCUCGGCGAAAUGCAAAGGAAAUACCAGCCAAACUAACGAUGCCGAUGACGGAUCCAACUCACCAUUGGGACAUUUUCAUUUACGUUACACCCGACCCAAUGAGAGAAGACAGACCCAGACAGAAGCGGCAGAAGAGGAGGAGGAAGACGAGGAGGAACCGGGCAGAUCAUCCAAAAUACAAAGACUUAAUAGCAAUCAUACUGGAGGAGUACACAACCGAAAUAACUCCGGCUUGUUUCCGUCCAGGGAUUCUUCCAGUACGAAUUCUUCGCAUGGCUCCUAUGUCAUAACCUAUGCAGGAAAUAACCUACCGCCUCCGCCGCCGCCACCACCACCAGUACCGGUACCACCGUCGUCACCACCACCAUCAAUAUCGACGCCACUAUUUUCCAACUCAGUGACGUCAAUAUUUUCCAACUUGCCUUCAAUACAACUUGUGAGGAGGAAACGCCCCGAGGCUGUCUCCAGCUCCAACCAACAGGCGGUAAAUUUUGCCGACAGUGAUGAUCAGCCUUCCACGUCACGUGGUGGAGGAAGAAGCCGUCGACCGGAAGCCGCUACCAAUGCCAAACAAAAUCCCAACACUAAAAUGCCAGCUGUCUUGACCGCGCCCGAUUUACAAUUAGAUUGGCUGUCGGAUGCAACCACCACUCCCAGUACCGAUGGCGAUGAUGAUGAAGUGGUCUUUGUUCAUUCCAGCCGUGAACCGAUUCUAUCCAUAGAUUUGACGGCAGACGAUGAAUCACCUUUGGCACUGGAAAUGCCCAGCCAUAGCAGUGUGGCGGGUACCACCACGACCACGAACCAGAAUGCCUCAACAACUGGCAUCAUUUGCUCAGUUGGUCUGGCUGCACCGCAAUUUGUAAUGUCAUCGGAGCCAACUCGUCUCAGUCCCAAUUGGUACAUGGAAGAUACCAUGUCUGGCCUUUUUCCCUCGCCCGUUGCAGAGCCUCAAAGGGCGCAUCAAUCUAACAGUACUGGCCUAAACAACUAUGCAUUCCAAGGUGGCAAUACCUACCAAACGGCGGCAAGGUCUUUUUCGGCCGGUAGCACGUCUUCAAUGGGCGAAGCAUCGAGUUCUCGUGUGUGGCCAACUGCGCCCUGCCUGGAUUGCUUUAUGCCAUCCGAUCAAGACAAUGAAGUUGCUGGCGAGGCGGUCGCCGAGAAUCACUGGGAUUCGGCAAAUUCAUCCUCGUCAGCCUCAUCAUCAUUGGCCACAAUAGCACCCCAUUGUCGCAACACGAACUCAAGUGGAGGCCAACCGUUGACGCGCCUAAGAACUGUUUGGCAUCCAUAUUUGCCGGAAACCACUUUACCAGGGACCAUGCUAUCGAUUGUGCCAACCUCCUUCCCUGCCAUACCGAAUUCGCCACCACCACCCAUUUUCCUUGUGGAUCCCUACGAUGCUGCUGCCAUGCAGGGUAUGGCGCCGGUGGCGACAAGGGAUUUGGUAGGUGUACGAAACAGUGGACCUCCACACACCGUUUUACCGCCUCCCACACCUUUAUACUUACAGCAGCCGAACAUGGUGCCAGAUACAACCAACCAAGCACCAGCACCACAACAACAACAACAGCAGCAGCAGCAGCCAUCACGUUCGAUGGUAAAUCCCCCGCCAUCUCUAUCACCGCACAUAAGUCCAUCAACGGCCGCCCUUUUGGGCAAUACCCCCAUUGCCCAUCAAUACCCACAUGCACCACAUUCCAUGUAUCAUCAUCAUCACCAUCACACACAUACCGCCCACACAACGACACGACCCCAUGACAACCACAUAAUCACCCAUAAUCAUCAUGGCCAUUCACAUGGUCAUGGUCUACCGCACACACACUCCACACUAACAUUCCGACCGGGGGCCACGGCAGCUGCAGCGGCCGCUGGUGUAGGUGGCGCUGGACCACCACCACCACCGUAUCUGGUCCAUCAGAAUCUAUGGCUGCGCCAGCAUAAUGUCCAGGAAAUCCAUCGUCGUCAUAUGACGCCAACACCCAUCGACUUGUCAUCGAAUCCUUUGAAUUUGACCAGUAGCUUUCGUACACGUUUCCAGCAAAUGUCGAAUGUAUGUUCCUGUGUGCAUGGGCGAAAUGGUCCUGUCUCAAGCCUAGAUCCUGCUUAUUAUCCCUAUGAUUCCCGCCCACAACCACAAAAUCGCCGAUGUCCAGCCUUGCGUCGGCCAGCUGUUCACCAUCAUAUGUUCCAUCAUCAUUAUUCACCGGUCCAUGUGGAGAUUGAUUUAUCCACGCCACGUAUCUUCAUUGGUUCAUCGAUAAGGCCACCGCGUGGAGCAACGGUGGAAAUCAUUGAACGCAAUACCUUGCCGCAUAAAUAUCGCCGUGUCCGACGUCCCAGUGAAACCGAUGAAGAUGCCGAAAAGUGCGCCAUUUGUUUGUCGCUAUUCGAAAUUGAAAAUGAUGUGAGACGUUUACCCUGCAUGCAUUUAUUCCAUACGGACUGUGUGGACCAAUGGUUAGUGACCAAUAAACACUGCCCCAUUUGUCGUGUGGACAUUGAGACACAUUUGAAUAAGGAUGCCCUGAUUGCAACAUCGUCUAGUGGCAACAGCGAUAAUGGAGCCAAUGGAGGCUGGUGGCAACCGACGGCUGAUUGUUAAUGUUAAAAGCAAAAACCCCAUACUAUUUGGAAUACCAACAAACAAACAUAUACAGGGUGGUAAUUGAAUCCCUUUUUUCUUUCGUUUUCUUCUCAACAGGGAAAUUAUAAAAAGCAAAGGCAAAAAACAACCAAAUUUAUUGAUGUUCCUU